AUGCCGGUGAGAAUGAGAAUGAGAUGGACGGCGUAUGCUGGGGUGUCUACCGCCCUCGCUACGGGUGUCAUCCUCAAAGCCCUGGCGCAGCGACCCAACUUCUACUCCGCCGCCGUCUAUCUCUCUCAGUCCUCCGCAAACUUGAUGAUCCUGACAAACCUCCUAUUCGUCAUCGCCUGCACCUUUCUGCUGGGACUCCAGAAACUCCUCUACGGGAACCUGCGACCGAUCGAGAUCGAACAGCUCUACGAAAAGGCAUGGUUUGCCGUUACCGAGACGUGCUUGGCCAUGACGGUCUUCCGCGGAGAGAUCGGACUCUCCUUCCUCGCCAUGUUCUUCUCUCUGCUCACGGGAAAAGUCUGGGGAUGGAUUGGUGAAGGCCGCGUGGAGGUGCUGGAGCAACAACCACCCCGAAACCCAAGAUUGUUCCACACACGCCUGGCACUGAGCCUCGGGUUGAGUGUUGCUUUCGACUUGACCAUGCUGGAGUACGUUGUCAAACAAGUCAUGAGGAUGGCACGGCCGGACAUGAUGGUCAUGUUUGGCUUCGAAUUCGCCGUGCUGUCCGUCAUGAGCAUCAGUACCGCGAUGAGAUAUGCCAUUGAUCUGGUCGAGAUCGGUAUCGUCCGCGGGCAGAAGAGACUUCGAAUAGAAGAGAUCAAAAGGGAAAGAAUGCAAGCAGCAGUGGCAGAAUUCCAGGAGUCUCAGGGCGGACAAGCUGCUGGUGCGCCUACAUCGGAAGCUUCGAGGGACACACCGACACCGACCCAGCGCACCCUCGACCAAGUAUCCCAAGAAGCCUUUAACCAACCAGUCGAUGAGAAUGAGGUUGAAGUUGAGGGCUGGGAGGACAAAGGCCGCUACAUGUUCUACCUCAACCUGGCCACGGAUUUCUUCAAACUUGUGAUUUACCUUGCUUUCUUCUUUAUCCUUCUUGUAUUCUACGGACUACCCAUCCACAUCUUGCGGGAUGUGUUCUUGACGAUGCGAUCAUUUUUGAAACGAAUUUCGGACUUUAUCAAAUACCGAACGGCGACGAGGGAUAUGAAUGCCCGCUACCCGGACGCCACGGCGGAGGAUAUUGGACGUGAGGAUGUCUGCAUAAUCUGCAGAGAGGAGAUGCACCCAUAUCAGCCAGCCGUUGUGCAGCCAGGUCAACCACAGCCCAGACCGAAUCCUGUGGCGGAGAGGAUGCGGCCCAAGAAGCUCCCUUGUGGACAUGUCCUACACUUUUCUUGCCUGAGAAGUUGGCUGGAGAGACAGCAGAUAUGUCCGACAUGCAGAGCAAAUGUCGUCCGGACAGGUGGGACAGGGGGUGCAAACGAUGGUGGCCAAGGCGAAGGUGGGCAGGGAAAUGGCGGACAGCAUCCACCGGGUGCGAGGCCAGGUCCACGCGUAUAUCACUUCGGCCCAUUGAGAAUCGGUGUUGGGGCAGCCCGCGGCAAUAACAUGUUCGAGGAACUUCAACAGCAGCUUGGAGAUGGGGCAGCUCCAGCGCCAGAAGGGCAACCUGCGAACCCCGACCCCAACGCACCACGACAGAUUGGAGUGGGAUUGCGGUGGUCUGGGAGGAGACGUCGCCGAGCAGAUCAGAACCUGACGACUCAACAACAGAUUGAUGCCUUGGCAGCACGUAUUCGACAAGACACCGAUGAGUUGGCCCGGUCGUCUGUCGAGUUGGGCGUGUUGCGGUCAAUGCAAGCUGAACUCGAAAGAUUGAGAACCCUUAGGCCCGGGGAAAGGCAGGCACAGACAGAUGCUACGACUCAAAAUCCAGCAGAAGCGGCAAGGCCCGCGCUUCCUACUUAUCACCCCGUGUCCACGCUGGUUCCAGACCAGCAGCAAAACAUGCUACAAGCAGGUAGUGACAGACUUCCUGCUGGCUUGACGUUGCCAGAAGGCUGGACGAUGAUGCCUUUACGACCGGUGCACCUUUUCCAGCAAAAUCAGCAUCGCGACCACAAUCCAGAUCCUCUGACAAAUAUAGGUCAUCCGUGGCCACAACCGCAGGGAAUGCCGGCUCCUUUCGGUAUGCUUUCUCCUCUGCAGCAAUUCGCUCAGCUCCAGAGGCGGCCCACACCCACUGCAACAAGCAGUGGUCAAACAGGCUCUACUGAGGCGAAUGGGGUGCUGUCUCCAGCGCCUGCUCCAGGCCAACAACCAUCAGCUCCGUCCGGAAGUGAGCCGAUAGAUGACCUGCGAACUCCGGCACCAUCUCGAGGACCUUUUCAACCUCCGGAAAACUUCCACCAGCAUCGGAACCCGUGGAACUUGGCGAGUAUGAGGAACCAAGUCAACCAGCCACGCGCUUCAAACAGUUCGGAUCCAAUGGCCGGUGGUGCAAAUGGCACUAUGUCCCAUGCCGCGCCGACCGAUGCGUCCGGAGCAAGUACAGCAGCGGCGGCCAACACGAAUCAAGAUGUGGGGCAAGCUGCUAAUUCUUUACCUUCUUGGGGAUCCAUGUCUUCCGAACCUACAAACAAUGUUGUGAGUGACAACAACGGCAGUGCUGGAGCCUCCGCGCCGCGAGUCAACGGCAGUCAUGAUCACGCGGCAGAGAAUGGCGAAGCAAAUGGAUCACCUCCAGCCACAUCGCAACCAAAGGACAGGCACGCGACAGUGGAAGAUGCCGUAGGAGAUCUAGACCGGGAUUGA